UGGGUCAACAGUCAAGUCAUCCGUUCGUGGCCCAAGCGUUCCGUAGUUUUGGCAGAUUCACAAAAAAGUCGCCCGCCGUCCAAAAUGAAGGCUCCUUUCUGGCGGCGCCGAUGCUGGAAUCGAUAGCAUAAUGGCGGCGACGUGGCUACGCCGGAGGCCGGGAUCCAUCAGACGCAACAAUGACAGGUCGCCUGCUGCUCGUCUGCAUUGUCGCUGCGCUGUCGGCGGCUGGAACUGCCUGGUGUAAGAUCAGCGUCAGAGCAGUUGAGUCCUGGGCUCAGACGCUCAGCAGCAAGCUUUGGGAUCUGAGUCAAAUCUGUGCCACGAAUGAUUUGGAUGGCAGACAGCCUGUGAGAUCCAAGAGCGACAGCUUCAAAUACUUUUAUGCCAAGGAGUUUAAAGUGGAUAUUAAGAAUGACAGUUUGCUUGCGGAGGACAUCGCUGCCAGCAUUCAUGACAUGACCCAGUUGAAGCUGAGUGCUGUUCGGCGUAUUGUCAACAAUGCAGAAACACUGGCUCUCAGAUUGUAUCAAGACAAGCAGGCGACAGAAAAUUACACAUAUUAUGGUACUAAAGCAUAUGACCCAAGUGGCAAACCCUUAGAUUUUGUCAAACGUCUGGACUGCACGCCAAACAAACACUUCCAUGGUGAGGCUGUGAACACCAGUUUCAGCUCCGUGCACAUCCCUACUUAUAUAUAUCACAGAGCACCCAAAGUUCUGGAAGCAGUUGAAUGGACUGAGGACCUGGAUGCAGUCUUCAAGAGUAACUAUGAGCUUGAUCCGUCGUUGUCUUGGCAGUAUUUUUGCAGUGGGUCAGGCAUCAUGAGGCAGUACCCAGGUGUGUUCAUGGGUGACUCAGAAGUGGACAUGUUUGAUUGUCGAAUGAGGCUGUGGUAUAUCGACGCGUCGUUGAGUCCGAAAGAUGUUAUCGUCCUUGUCGAUAACUCAGGAUCUAUGACGGGGAUAAGCCAAAAAAUUGCCCGGCAUCUUGUCAACAGCAUCCUGGAAACACUUGGAAGCAAUGAUUUUGUUAAUGUGCUAACAUUCAAUAACAGCACUGAUCGACUUAUAAAAUGUGCCAGGAACGUUAGUUUGAUACAGGCGACGUUAGGCAAUUUGAGGGAACUGAAAGUGGCAAUGAAGGAUUUGAAAGGAAAAGGAAUUGCAAACUUCAGCUUGGCCCUCACUGAAGCGUUUAAGUUGUACAAUACGUCUCUUCAGAACAAUUUGGGAGCGCAUUGCAACCGAGCCAUCAUGGUCAUCACUGAUGGCAUGCCUGACAUCUACGAGGACAUCUUUGAUAAAUACAACUGGGAAGCUGACAUGCGUGUGCGUGUGUUCACAUACCUCAUUGGCAAAGAACAACCUGAGGCCCAUGAGAUGAAGUCGAUCGCGUGCAAUAAUAAUGGGCACUUCGCACUGCUCAUGACAACGUCCGAGGCGCGGGAGAAAGUAAUCGAAUACAUGCCUAUCAUGUCUCAACCUCUCGUACUCUUGGGAGAACGACCUGUUAGCUGGACUCCUGUUUACGCUGAUCUUGCGGAUCCUAACCUUACAGACUUGUGGGUGCAUCGUGAGAAUAAGGAACAGUCUGAUUUGUUGAAUUUCUGCUACAUCCCAUACCAAACAGACAAAGAGACUCCAAAAGACGUUUUCAAGAAUUGCUCUGAGAAUCCAGAACUCAGGAGGGCUGAAGACGCAACCUGGAUCUCUCAGGUGUACCAGUAUGUUGUAUCUGUCUCAAUGCCUGUCUUAGACGUUGGAAAGAACAAGACAAAGACUGCGAUGAUCGUCGGUGUAGCUGGCACUGAUAUUCCUGUUGAGGACAUCAAGAAACUCCUGCUACCCCACAAGGUGGGAGUAAAUGGUUUUGUCUUCAUGAUAACAAACAAUGGUCACGUAGUCAUACAUCCAAACUGGCGACCAGAGUUUAUGGGCAUCCUGAAGCCAAAUUACAACAGUGUGGACUUAACAGAGGUGGAACAUGUGGAUGAUGACAGCAUUGUGCUAGGAAGUUCACAUCCUGACAUCAUUAAGUUAAGACGAGCCAUGAUUGAUCAAGAAUAUGGUAAGAAAAAUCUGCAGCUGAAGUACCAUUUUGAUCAUAUGAGGAGAGUCUCUACAGUGAAGCGACAGUACACACAUAUUGGCGUCAAGGACACACCCUAUGCCAUAGGAAUUGCACUUCCAUUUCCAUAUGGCAUGCAUAUUGCACGUCCGUUGGAAGACAAACUCAAGAUUCUUACCACAAGGAGACCAGCACGGACUUUUAAAGACUUGAUUAAACAAAUAUGGGAUUUUUCACAAGACAGAAACUGGACAGUUCAUCCGAAUUGGGUGUACUGUAAGUACCAUUAUGAUACAGUGCAUGACUUCAGCAGUUCUGAGGAAGAACUACAGCACUUCCUGGAGGAGCUAAUGGAUGCAGGGAAAGGGUUUCGGUGCUCACCAGUUUUCCACCUUAUACCCCCUGAACAGAUGAACAGUGCACCAUACCCAAAGCUGAAAAUGGAUUCUUGCUAUUGUGAUAUGGACCUCUUUAGUUCACUGAUACAUGAUGCCACAGAAACAAGAUUUUGGUCCAGCACUGUGAAACAUGAUAGAAUUAUCAGAGCAUAUGGAGAACAUCUUAAGGAAUUUGGAGUUUCUUUAAUGUUUCUUGCAACUCAGAGCGGCCUCACCAGAUGGCAGCUCUUCAAAGGCAAUGUAGAGAGCAGGAACUUCAAGGACAGUCAUACUCAAACCAUAGAUGAGGUUUGGUACCAGCAGGCUGUGGAUCUGCAGGAUGAGACAGGCAUUUUUGUCUACUCUGUGCCGUUCUCCAAGAGCCUAGGAUACAACAGCGAUGCUUUAGUGACAGCAAGUUAUGCCGUGUUUACUGAGGACAGGAAAGUUCCUUUGGCUGUUGUUGGCUACCAGUUUCAACACCUGAAAUUGUUCAAUGAGUUUGUCAGCAUAACAUCCAAGGCUACUGGAUGUGCCGAAUGUACCUGCAGUUCAAAUGAGCUGACGUGUUACAUAAUAGAUAACAAUGGCUUCGUAGUGGCAUCUGAGGCGAUCGGCGAAACAGGGAAAUUCUUUGGCGAAGUGGAGGGAAAUGUGAUGAACGCACUGGUCAAUGAGAAAGUCUUCAGGAAGGUUCACAUAAUUGAUUAUCAGGCCAUCUGCAUACAUGCAAGUGAAGAUACAAACCGUGCUUCCUUUCUGACCACACCAAUGCAGCAUCUUAUGAAGAUAUUUCAUUGGCUCAUAGGAACAGUUGUUUGGCUGUAUGCCGAGAGCUGCUUCUGGCAUAAGAGUUGGACAAAUGCUGCGAAGGAAACGACUACACUAUCGCUGGGAGAUGCAAAGAUCAACCGCACUCGUUUGGAGCCGUGUAUCAAGGAGGUUGACCUGUACCAACUGCAAAGUAUCUCGUAUUCAAACUCCAAGGUCAUCAGUUCAAGCUGCUGUUCAGAAUAUGUUGUGGUGCAGAAGCUUUUCCAUAGCAACUUGAUUCUUGUGGUGGUGGAUACUCUGUGCUCAGACGACAUAUGGACAGAAGUCAGAAUAACUGAAAUGGAAGUAAAGGACUCUAACUUAUUCUGUCUGAAGGUCGUGAAUAAUGAGUUGACUCAGAAGCAGCCCAAAACCUGCGUUGGUAAAGGUGCCAAGCGUGAGAUGCUACAGGAAUCCCGCAGCGCAGAAUGUGGGUGUAACUUGCAGUUCCAAGCCAAUUUCUUCCUUUCACUGAUUUCUUUGUGUCUUGGAGUCCUGAGAACCACAAACUUCUGAAAAUUUAACAAGGCAAUUGUGUGUACGUACUGAGUGGGUUAAUCCAUUCUGCCUAUAUUCAUGAUAUUGAUAAACAGUAUUAACAAAAACUUACAGGACUAAACCUUUGCAGUUUAACCCUUUAACUGCAAAUGUGUAAUUUACCGAGUUGCAGUCAGUGUCUAAAGCGGUGUAAAAUAACUGCAUGCACUUUCUCACCCCUGUUUUAUGCAAUGAGAAAGAAAAAUUUACAGUUUUUGAGCUAAACCAAUAAUAAUUAUACGACUGACUGGUUCAUAGGUUACCUUGGUUUUUCACUAAAUAGUGCAACUGUACAAUUUAAUGAUACUCUUAGAAUAGUUUUGUCUUAAGGAUAAAUUAAGUAUUAGCAAUUUCGUAUUUUUAAAAGGUUCUGACAAUGGCGUAUUACAGUCAGGAUUACUAAAUUCUUGGACUCUGUCCAUCUGGUAUUGGAACGUCGUGUUCUUUUGAAUACCGGACGAUGGACGGAGUCUAAGAAUUUAGUAAUUCCGAGAACAGUUUGGUAGUUGAAGGGCUGAAUUUUCGACUUGCUCAUUUAGAAUAGGAUCACAUAAACAUAAAACUAAUAUUAUCAGACCUUAUAAAGACAAUAACAGGAAGUAAGCUGAUCUGUGUACUCAGAUUAUAUCUUUGCUACAGCAUUUUACAGAUCUUUAUUCAUAAGGCACAUUUUACUGUAGUAACAUUUGCUAAUCUUUACAGAAUACAGCAAUUAUGCAUUUGUUUCUAUUACCAUUCCUGUAAUCCUCAAAUAAAUGUACGUAAUGUACAUGUCAUUUGAA